GGAGAGUGACCAUUGAUGGGUCUAGAGAUAGCCACCAAUCGCAAUUCCAUCGCUCAUCUGACGGAACGGGCCUUCGAGUACCUUAUUCGCUCAGCGCUCCCUUCGAUGAAGCCGGGGCAUCGAGGCACGGUGAGUGUCGGAGUGUUGGUGAGCCGGGACUGGUGAUGCCCCCCGAUUCAGAAGCGGACACAUCUGCUUGCACACGCAAAGGCGGAGCGCUUCUCCGAGCGUUCCAGACCAACAGCGAGGCUGACUCUUGCCCAUCCCGAUCACUGCCUCAGACGGCGAGCGCAGCGUCUCUGGCCUGCCUCGAGACGCCGCGAUGACUCUCUCAAGCGCUGUCGAAGAUCCUAGCUACGACGAGUAUGGCGAUGUGGGCGAGCCUUCGUCGGCAAACAGCACAGCCGUCCAAAGGGAGCUCUUGUCCUCCCGACGAGCUGCGCAAAAUCGAAAAGCGCAGAGAGCUUUCAGAGAGAGAAGGGAUGCGCGCAUGCGAACGCUCGAGCAUCGCAGCGAUUACCUCAACGAAUUGUGUCAUUACGUGGGUCGGCUGCAGGAGUAUGCCGAGGACUUGAGGCGUGAUUUAGCUCGCAAGGGCGUCGCCUGCCCCGAGAUGCCCCAGGUACCUGUGGCACCGAGCAGCGUCAUGAUGGAAGGCUUCGAGUUGCCUAUUCCGAGUCAGUCUGGGCCUCGUGCAGCUACGACUCCCAUAGCGUCACACCUGCCAGUCACUCCGCCCCCGCACUUGCCGAGUAUACCAGCGCACUAUGAGCAAGAGCAACCUUUUUCGCGCACACUUCCGCCUCUGAGCCAACGGAGGAGCACACAGAAUGAUGGCUAGAAGACGUCUCCCUCUCAAGUUACCUAUUCUUGAUCCGCAACCUGUUCAAAGUCACGUCACCAGGGCCGACACGCAGCCUCCCAUGCCAUCCGCAACAUUUUUACUACUGCGCUUCACGUCUUCAUUUUGUAGCCCACAAUUCAUCUCUGCACAGCUUGCUAGUCUCACCUCGC